CAAAAACACCUUUGAAAUCAGCAUUUUAGAAGGAUGAAGAUACUAAUUGCCUGCUUCCUAUUCAGCAUAGCAAAGGCCCACAUUUCUACUUUUCAUAUACCAGUUUUGGAGAAUGCCAAUAUUUUCAACCAAAUGAUAAGAACCAAUUUGAUAGAUGACGUCGUAGAGUUCCAUACUCCGGCUCAUAAUGAAAUUUUAGAGACUUUCAAAAUCCAGGAUUUCAAACAGGGUUUACAGGCAUUUUGUAUGCCUGCAAAGCAUGAAUGUUUUGUCUCACACUUGAAUAAGUCGCAUUAUCCAAAUGCUGGACACAUGAUGGAAGGAUUUGCACACGUUUGGAAUAACGGUUUAAACUGGAUGACAUCAAAAAACACUCAGACGAUUCAACAGCGGUGGAUUAAAACACACAGUGCUAUUCCAAACACCAGUACACAUAUUAACAAGUUUUUGGCUCUUCAUGGCUUCCCUGUGUACAAAUUAGAGAAAAUUCCUGAUGAUGCUGUGCUUCUUAAAGAUGUAAGCCACAGGAGAGAUUUGAUCGAUGCAGACAAGCAAUGUGCACCUGGAAUAAGACCAAUUCGUCGCUAUGGGUACACAAAAACCGGAGGAUGCGACUGGCUUUAUUUCUGCCCAACGUCAACAGAGACAUCAAGAACGCAAGUGAAAACAAAUAUAGGAUGUGAAAAUAAACACAUCACGGACCAAAUCUUCUACUCGUGUUUAUGUUGCCCUGGUGUACAGCUAAAGCAUAAUUGUUUGUUCUGUGACGAAAUAUAGGAGCAAACUCAUUCAAGAAUGUGUUAAUUUUAUUAAUACGCUUAUGUAGAAGGAUUUCGCAAAAUAAAUGGA